CGUCCACUGCAAGACACACACACACAGACACACAAGCAGGAAUGAACGCCGUGCACUCGUCCCUCGCCUAUCCCCUCGUUCGAUGAGGAAGUCAGUGUUGGCCUGCUGCAACUCCUCGCUCCACCGCAGGAUACACACACACACACACACACACAGAGAGAGAGAGAGAGACAGAGAGAGAGACACAGACACACACAGGGGAGAGACAGAGAGAGUAAGGACGGGCAGCAUUGCAUGUAUAGUCAAUUGUCGUGUGGGUCUGUCUCCCUCCUCUCGUUCAUUAGUUGCUCUCUCUCUCUCUCUCUGUGUGUGUGUGUGUGUGUAUGUGUGUGCGUCAAUUGGCGUGCGUGCGUGUAUGUCUGUCUGUCUGUGUGUGCCAGUGCCAGGCGGGUAUCGCCCUUGUUCUGCAGUGCCGACCGACACCUUGCUCAUGACCGCGAUGGUGUUGCGGCACCUUUCCCCCAGCAGGAUGACAACUAGGACCUUCCGUCGGCUCCUCCAAAUUUUCCUUACCAGCACCAAAUCUUCCUUACGGGGGUUGCACACCGUCUCGUCAAUCGACAGGAUCAAGCAGCCCGCCUGGAAACACGGACGUGUAUGGUGGGUGUGGGGAAAUGGGUGUGUGAGUGUGGGGGGGUUGGUGUGAGGAUAGACCUGAGUUUCGCUUUUUCUUGACCAUAGGCCUCAGUUUCAUAUGUGGCUCUCGUAUGUGUCACAGAUGCCGCCACCAGCGGUUCUCGGCUGAGAGCCACACACACACCUUGACACACACACACACAGGGAGACAUGCAUGUUCGUGUCAACUCGCCCGAAUACCUCCCCAUUGUGUGCGUGUAUGUCUGCACACGUACGUUUGGCCUGAGCGUGCCUUUGUCGCAGCAUGUUGAGCAGAUCGGUGGCGUCCAAAGCUACCUGAUACGAAAACACAAGACAGCAUACGAGGUGGCGGUGCUGUGCGGGCUGUGCAGGUUGUGCGGAUCCAGCGGCUUACCGUCAUCAAGGAAGUCUUUGUCUCCAUCACGACGGUAAGAGAAUAUCAUCA